UUCCGUCCAUGUCGGAACGGACCAACUGGACUCUUCGGGGGGGGCGAUGACUUGUUUGUGAUCACAUGAUGAGGAGACUCUGCUUUCAGGAAUAACAAGACUAAAUGUUUGUUUGGGACCUUUGAUGAGGCUGUGGGUCUAUAUCCGGGCUCGGGUCGGUACUUUGACCGCAGAUUUGGACCCUUUACGCGGUCCGCUCCAACUUUAGUUUCCUGUCCUGACAGAAACCCCAAACGUUUGAUGUUUUCCUCCUGUUUCCAGCCAUCGCCCCUCUUUUGUUCAUCGAUGCGGAUCCAGCACAGAAACUUUGAUCCUGUUGACAGGAAGUUGUUCUGUCCAGCAGAGCUGCUCAGCUGUUUCCCUGGAAUCGCACCAGCAACCCCUGAACAGCCUGACGCAGGAGGGCAGAUGUCUGACAGAUGUUCAGAGUUUUCUGACACAGUCAAUGAUCUAGAUGAUCAUUUCUGGAGCUUGAAAGGCUUCCAGCAAACUUUCCAGACUCCUCAUCAGACAUCCCUGCUUCUGUCUGUGGACCCGCUUCUCAGCGGGUUCUGCAGGUUCUGCUGCAGGAAAUUCAGGCUCGGCCUCCUCUGAUCACAGAGGCUUCAGGGCAGCAGCUUGUAGUGGGAGUUUAGGGGCUGGCACGGGUCCAGGAUGGGUGUCCACUCCGCCACAGGGACGCUGCUGCUCCCAGAACCUCUGUGUGCAGCUUCGUCUCCUGAGGAGAACUUCUCCGUUUGGGGAGGCCCGGGGGGGAAUCGGUCUGGAAGUCUGCGGAGUGAGCCUUAAUGGUUCUGUCUGGACGUUUUAGGUUCUGUCUGGACGUUCACGGUUCUGUCUGGAUGUUCACGGUUCUGUCUGGACGUUCACGGUUCUGUCUGGAUGUUUUAGGUUCUGUCUGGACGUUUUAGGUUCUGUCUGGACAUUCUAGGUUCUGUCUGGACGUUCACGGUUCUGUCUGGAUGUUCACGGUUCUGUCUGGACGUUCACGGUUCUGUCUGGAUGUUCACGGUUCUGUCUGGACGUUCACGGUUCUGUCUGGAUGUUUUAGGUUCUGUCUGGACGUUUUAGGUUCUGUCUGGACGUUCACGGUUCUGUCUGGAUGUUCACGGUUCUGUCUGGACGUUUUAGGUUCUGUCUGGACAUUCUAGGUUCUGUCUGGACGUUCACGGUUCUGUCUAGACGUUCACGGUUCUGUCUGGACGUUCACGGUUCUGUCUGGACGUUCACGGUUCUGUCUAGACGUUCACGGUUCUGUCUGGAUGUUCACGGUUCUGUCUGGAUGUUCACGGUUCUGUCUGGACGUUCAUGGUUCUGUCUAGACGUUCACAGUUCUGUCUGGACGUUCACGGUUCUGUCUACAUGUUUACGGUUCUGUCUAGACGUUCACGGUUCUGUCUGGACGUUCACGGUUCUGUCUGGACGCUCACGGUUCUGUCUACACGUUCACGGUUCUGUCUGGGCGUUCACGGUUCUGUCUAGACGUUCACGGUUCUGUCUACACGUUCACGGUUCUGUCUGGACGUUUUAGGUUCUGUCUGGACGUUCACGGUUCUGUCUACACGUUCACGGUUCUGUCUAGACGUUCACGGUUCUGUCUGGGCGUUCACGGUUCUGUCUGGACGUUCACGGUUCUGUCUGGACGUUCACGGUUCUGUCUGGACGUUCACGGUUCUGUCUGGACGUUUUAGGUUCUGUCUGGAGGUUGUAGGUUCUGUCUGGACGUUCACGGUUCUGUCUACACGUUCACGGUUCUGUCUGGACGUUCACGGUUCUGUCUGGACGUUCUAGCUUCUGUCUGGAGGUUGUAGGUUCUGUCUGGAGGUUGUAGGUUCUGUCUGGACGUUCACGGUUCUCUCUACACGUUCACGGUUCUGUCUAGACGUUCACGGUUCUGUCUGGGCGUUCACGGUUCUGUCUGGGCGUUCACGGUUCUGUCUGGACGUUUUAGGUUCUGUCUGGACGUUCACGGUUCUGUCUAGACGUUCACGGUUCUGUCUGGGCGUUCACGGUUCUGUCUAGACGUUCACGGUUCUGUCUGGACGUUCACGGUUCUGUCUGGACGUUCACGGUUCUGUCUGGACGUUUUAGGUUCUGUCUGGACGUUCACGGUUCUGUCUGGGCGUUCACGGUUCUGUCUGGACGUUUUAGGUUCUGUCUGGACGUUCACGGUUCUGUCUAGACGUUCACGGUUCUGUCUGGGCGUUCACGGUUCUGUCUAGACGUUCACGGUUCUGUCUGGACGUUCACGGUUCUGUCUGGACGUUCACGGUUCUGUCUGGACGUUUUAGGUUCUGUCUGGACGUUCACGGUUCUGUCUGGACGUUCACGGUUCUGUCUGGACGUUUUAGGUUCUGUCUGGUAGUUCACGGUUCUGUCUAGACGUUCAAGGUUCUGUCUAGACGUUCACGGUUCUGUGUGGACGUUCACGGUUCUGUCUGGGCGUUCACGGUUCUGUCUGGACGUUUUAGGUUCUGUCUGGACGUUCACGGUUCUGUCUAGACGUUCACGGUUCUGUCUGGGCGUUCACGGUUCUGUCUAGACGUUCACGGUUCUGUCUGGACGUUCACGGUUCUGUCUGGACGUUCACGGUUCUGUCUGGACGUUUUAGGUUCUGUCUGGACGUUCACGGUUCUGUCUGGACGUUCACGGUUCUGUCUGGACGUUUUAGGUUCUGUCUGGUAGUUCACGGUUCUGUCUAGACGUUCAAGGUUCUGUCUAGACGUUCACGGUUCUGUCUGGACGUUCACGGUUCUGUCUGGGCGUUCACGGUUCUGUCUGGACGUUUUAGGUUCUGUCUGGACGUUCACGGUUCUGUCUAGACGUUCACGGUUCUGUCUGGGCGUUCACGGUUCUGUCUAGACGUUCACGGUUCUGUCUGGACGUUCACGGUUCUGUCUGGACGUUCACGGUUCUGUCUGGACGUUUUAGGUUCUGUCUGGACGUUCACGGUUCUGUCUGGACGUUCACGGUUCUGUCUGGACGUUUUAGGUUCUGUCUGGUAGUUCACGGUUCUGUCUAGACGUUCAAGGUUCUGUCUAGACGUUCACGGUUCUGUCUGGACGUUCACGGUUCUGUCUGGGCGUUCACGGUUCUGUCUGGACGUUUUAGGUUCUGUCUGGACGUUCACGGUUCUGUCUAGACGUUCACGGUUCUGUCUGGGCGUUCACGGUUCUGUGUGGACGUUCACGGUUCUGUCUGGGCCUUCAAACGGCGUUCUGCUUGAGUGGGUUUGGAACCACUGCGGUUUGCGGCGCCGGUUCCACCACAUCAGACGCUCGCCUCUGCGUGGCUUUGGGCCGACUCGCUGCAGUCUGCAGGAGAUCCGGCCAAACCUGAAUGAGAACAUGCAGUCCAAACAGGCAGGUAGAACUGCACCUGUGGGGGCAGUUCUACCUGCCUCCAGGAACCUCCCCCUGAACCUCCUCCUGCUCCGUUUUCCAGAAAAAAGGAGCAGGAACCUCAUGUCAGUCAGAGGGACAGCAGCCUGGCGUGAGUGGGAGGAGUUCAGAGUUCUGGAGGGUUCCUUCUGAACCCAGCAGAACUUUCUCCUCUUUUGGGUCCGAUUGCUCAAGGGUUUGAACCUUAAGCUCUGUCCAUCAGAUUGUGGUUCCUCGCUAUCAUCCGGCUGUAAAAAGGGCCUCAGGGGGAGAUAAGGUGGAGAUAAGUCAGGUGUUCUUGUGUAACCACCUCCUUUCUUCUGAAAUCCCGGGGUUUGCCGCUCCGUCGCCGCCGGCCGGCCUCAUUAUUUCUGCAGCGGCGGUUUAAGGAGCCGCCGUGGCCUCCAGGCGUGUUUCAGGGGAACUUCCUGUCUGGUCUGCAGCAGAGCCUCACACCUGGAUGUGUUGAGACACUUUUGGUGGUGGGAGGGGCUUGCUGAUAGUCAUCCAGGUAGCUUUAUCUGCAGCUGCUGAGCUCAGAGCAAACCUUCAGCCUCUACCUGAGCAGGUGUUGCUGUGUGAGGGAAGAGUCCUGUCAUGAGUGCCUUGGAGGUGUAUACGGAGAUGCUGCUGCUGUACCUGGAGGAGGCGCGGCGGCAGGUGAACUCCCACUGCGCCCCCCUGGAGCCGUGGCAGAUCAUCGGCGCCUCAGUGGCCGCUACGCUAGGAGCCGUCUGGAUCAAAAGCGUCCUCUUCCAGCGAGAAAGCCUGGUGUCCCGAGUGAAGAGGCAGUGCUUUCGACUGAUCCGAAAAAUCCCCUUCGUCGGCGUGUCGAUCCAGCGGCAGCUCAACAAGGCCUUGGACGACAUGUCCCACAGUCUGUGCACGCUGAAGGAGGGGAUGACCUACACCACCAAGCUGCCCCCCAAGGGGCUGUCCCAGGGUCAGGUCAUGGACAAGAUCAAAGAGUACCAGACCCUCAAUGAUGUUCAGUGGGAGAAAGGACGCGUUUCUGGGGCCGUGUACUGGGGGGACGAGACCCUGACCAAACUGCUGGUGAAGGUUUACGGGGACUUCGCCUGGAGCAACCCUCUGCAUCCCGACAUCUUCCCUGGCGUCAGGAAGAUGGAGGCGGAGGUGGUCAGAAUGUCCUGCUCGCUGUUCAACGGGGGGCCCGACUCCUGCGGCACCGUCACCUCAGGAGGGACGGAGAGCAUCCUGAUGGCCUGCAAGGCGUACAGGGACAUGGCGUACGAACGCGGCGUCAAACACCCGGAAAUCCUGGCGCCCGUGAGUGUCCACGCCGCCUUUGACAAAGCAGCAAACUACUUUGGGAUGAAGCUGGUCCACAUCCCUCUGGACAAGAGCAGCAUGAAGGUGGACGUGAAGGCCAUGAAGAGCGCCAUCAGCAGGAACACGGCCAUGUUGGUGUGCUCGGCGCCGCAGUUCCCUCACGGGGUCAUCGAUCCUGUGGAGGAGGUGGCCAAGCUGGCUGUACGCUACAACCUCCCGCUGCACGUGGACGCCUGCCUGGGGGGGUUUCUCAUCGUCUUCAUGGCCAAGGCUGGUUACCCAAUCGCCCCCUUUGACUUCAAGGUCAAAGGGGUCACCAGCAUCUCGGCAGACACCCACAAAUACGGUUACGCCCCCAAAGGCUCCUCGGUAGUCCUUUACAGCGAGAAGAAGUACCGCCAGUAUCAGUACUUUGUGGCUCCAGACUGGCAGGGGGGCAUCUACGCCUCCCCCUCCAUCGCCGGCUCCAGGCCUGGAGGGAUCAUCGCCGCCUGCUGGGCCACCAUGAUGCACAUGGGGGAGAACGGGUACGUGGACGCCACCCGGAAGAUCAUCAGCACGGCGCGCCGAAUCAGAACGGGGAUCAGGAAGAUCAAAGGGGUCUUUGUGUUCGGAGACCCGGAGGUGUCGGUGGUGGCCAUCGGCUCCGACCACUUUGACAUUUUCCGCCUGUCCAACGCUCUGACGGCGAAGGGCUGGAAUCUGAACACGCUGCAGUUUCCAUCCAGCAUCCACAUCUGCUGCACGCUGCUGCACACCCAGCCCGGCGUGGCCGAGCGCUUCGUCCAGGACGUCAGAGACCAGGUGGCGGUCAUUAUGAAGAACCCCAAAGAGAAAACCACGGGAAUGGGCGCCAUCUACGGGAUGGCCCAGUCCAUCCCGGACAGAUCCAUGGUGACGGAAAUCUCCAGAGGCUUCCUGGACUGUCUGUACAGCACCGAGCAGCCCAGGUCCAGCCGGGCCCUCAUGAACGGCAACGGGAAGGCCCACUGACCGUCCCUGAGGGGCGCUCAGGGCGGGUCGUGGGAACGUCGGCGGGGCUCUCAGAAGCACGGCCUUCAUGAUUGGGGGCGUGCUUCUGCCUCCACGCCAGGAGCAGACGGGACCGGCUCCAAACGACUUCCAAUGAUUUGGCAGUAAUUUAGCUCUUUGUUGUGUUCUGUGGUGAAAUGAUUUCAGUUUUUGUUGUUCUGUCUAAUCUGCGACUGAAGCCUCAGACGUUUGUUGGUGGAUUCUUCUGUUUUCACUCAGCAGAAGCACAAAGGGAAACCGCUGUUAGAGAGCGGCUGCGCAGACCUGUUACCCAGCAUGCAACACUUGUUCUGAAGAAGCACUGCGAUGCCCCCACAGGUGAAACGCACGUUUUUAGCCUUAGAGGGACGCUCUCGCCGCGGGCGCCGCCUCGGACGGUUCUGACUCACGGUUCCGUCAGACGUUCUGUUCGACUCCUGUGGAUGGCGGUUUGUCUUGAAUCUACCUCAGUCUCUAACGGUUUACUCACCUGGCCCUUCACGGACUGACCGCUGGUUUGGGAAGGGGAGGGGCUUCUGGACUGAUUGGCGUAUAUGAUGAAGAACAAGCAGCGCGUUUAGACAUGAAGGUGUGGAUUGAUGACAGAAACCACAGACUCUCAUCCUUUUAUGUACUAAAGUGGCAUUUCUGGUGUGUUUUUCCAUGUUUGUGCAAUAAUUGUUUUUAUUUGAUGAAGUGUAACUUCCUGUAGAUCCUCCGCGACGGUUUAUCCAACUUCAACCACUGAACGUCCAUCCAUGGCUAACUCUAUCUGUGUUCACUUUUCCGCGUUUUAAAGAGAAGAAUGUAUUCGAUUCUGAUCCAAGGUGUCGGGUCGGGAAGCGACGGCGGUUUUCAGCCGGAAAACCGCCGUGGCUACAAAACCGUCUCAUCCUUUUAGAAUUUUCUUUCUGAGAGUUUCAGGACAAAUUGCUGAAACGUUUGUGUUGAGCGAAUCUGCAGCUUUGUUUUGGUCUCAAGCUGAUGUGACGUGAAUGAACUAAAUGAAAAACCGGACCCAAAAGGAUCCGAAGGUGGAGGUUUGCCGACGGGCUGCUGGUUCUAUUCUGAGAAAUCUGUUCCUGAUUGAGUUCAACGUUCUCCUGUCUGCACUGGGAACCAGACGUUAGAGGCCUUUUGUGAUUCUUUUCAAUAAAAUACAUUUAGUCUGAUGA